AUGGCUAUCUACUCUCAGGCGGCGGCACGGCGUAGUCAGCUGUACGCUUUCAAGCAUGAGCAAUUCCGAAAUGUGAUAAUAGCGAUACAAGGCUUGAAGACGAAAGAGAGCGCCCGAGUCAUAGUGCCCGCCACUGGAGAUAAACAUAGCCACACAGCCCCUUUGCGGGUGUACGGCCCUGCACCCUAUCGCACACGCAACCAUUCGUCACCGCAACCGGGGUUUGUUCUUAUACCACCACCAUCCCCACAUCUCUCUCUCCCACAUCCACAGGCCACCAGUCCUUCACCGGUCUUGAGGCCCUUUGUCCCACAUCUCGACCACCACCGCCCUUUCAGGAUGCGCUGCUUCUUCUCGGCAUCGCUCGUCGUCGCCAGCCUCGCUGGCCACGUCUAUGGUCAUCGCUACGCAGCGCCGAGCGCUACAGACCAUGGACCGGUCAACCACCGCCGUCAGUCACUUGGGUUCGGCCCACAACACCCUCACGCGGUGUUCUACUCGAGUCCCUACCAGAUCAAGACUAAUGGGUUCACCCCCACGGAUCCCAACAUGGACCCAAUGGAGGUCGCCCGACUCUUCCUAGAUGACGUUCUCAUGGGACAGGUAGGCUCGGGCUCGUCGUACAAGAUGCGCAAGGAUUCCUACACCGACAAGAACACGGGCGUGACCCACGUCUAUGUCCGCCAGCUCGUCAAUGGGCUUGAGGUCUCCGAUGGAGAUAUCAAUCUCAACAUCAAGGAUGGAAUGGUCAUCUCCUACGGCAAUUCGUUCUACAACGGGGCCGUGCCGCCACCAUUCACCAACCCAGAUAUCAGCAGCGUGCCUGACCCUCGUCGGGAAACCUGUGAAUACCUAUUCCAGGAGUUGCAAGGCUUUGAGCGUGCGGCGCUCUACGUCGACUCGGAGCAGGUCCUGCUGUCCCAAUCGUACGCUGAGAAUGCUGAGACGGUCCAUGAACUCGAGCACCUGCUCAAGAGCAAGAGUAAUUGCCAUGUCCCAGACCUCUGGCAAUCGGAACUACACUCCGACGACAUGUCCGACUUCCGUCCUGCCCUGCUUUCAUUUAUGGCUGUUGCUACCCCUGAUAUGGGGUUGACCCAGAAGAUUUACAAGGAUUUCGACACCUACAAGAACAACCUGGUCGUUACGCCUGUUCACCACUUUGCCUCCGAUGACGAGCAUCGUAUUGAAUUCACCGUCGACAACGUCCCUGACGCCAUUAAUCCGGCCAAGGCAAGGUUGGCCUACAUUCAAGUUCCGAAUGAGGCUGGCGACAACACCGAGCUGCACCUCGUCUGGAAGUUCGAGGUUGAGAUGAAGGACAACUGGUAUGAGAGUGCUGUUUCCGCCUCUCCUCCGUACAAGAUCAUCUCCGUGGUCGACUGGGCUGCCGAUGCUCCCAUUCCCAAGGUGCCCGACUUCAGCCCUGCGACAUACAACAUCUUCAAGUGGGGUAUCAACGAUCCUAGCGUUGGCAAUCGCUCCACCGAGAAGGAGAACUUCGACGCGCUGGCAUCACCUGCUGGCUGGCACGCUAUUCCUUAUUCCUUUGACCCGGCGUACAAGGGUGUGAGGCUGUCGACAAAGGAGUUCUGGAGGAACACCACGACCACCUGGGGCAAUAACGUCUUCGCGCAGGAGAACUGGGAAGGCCAGAACGCUUUCAUUAACAACUACCGGCCCGAUUCUGGCAAGAACAAGGUCUUCGACUACGAAUACGAUCCGCAGGAGACCGAGAAGCCUGACGCCAUGGACGAGGCACAGAAGUACAUUAACACCACUAUCACACAGCUCUUCUACACCACUAACUUGGUGCACGAUUUGUACUACCGCUACGGCUUCGAUGAAGUCUCGGGCAACUUCCAGCAGUACAACUUUGGACGUGGUGGUGCCGAGAACGAUGCCGUCAUCGCCAACGCGCAGGACGGCUCGGGCUUCAACAACGCCAACUUUAUGACGCCGCCUGAUGGUCAGAACGGACGGAUGCGGAUGUACUUGUGGAAUACGGCGCUCCCGUACAGAGACGGUGAUCUCGAGGCGGGUAUCGUCAUCCACGAGCUCAGCCAUGGCUUGAGCACGCGCCUGACGGGUGGGCCAGCCAACUCUGGCUGCUUGGGAUGGGGCGAGAGUGGUGGUAUGGGUGAGGGAUGGGGCGAUUUCCUUGCUACGACUAUCCGCAGCAACAAGAUCUACUCGGACUACGCCAUGGGUGCCUGGGCAGCGAACCGCGAGAAGGGUAUCAGGAACUACAUCUACUCAACGAACGAGACUGUCAACCCUUCGACGUACAAGACCCUCGACAAGCCCGGCUACUGGGGUGUUCACGCCAUCGGCGAAGUCUGGGCUGAGAUCCUCUGGGUCGUCUCGCAGAAGCUGAUCGAGAAGCACGGGUAUUCCGAGGAUCUCUUCCCUCCUGCGCCGCUCGGGGACGGCACGAUUCCUGCUGGCGACUUCUACCGCGACACCAAGACGGGACCUCUGGUGCCUAAGCAUGGGAACUCGCUGAUCGUCCAACUCGUCCUCAACGGCAUGAAGCUCCAAGUCUGCCGUCCCUCGUUCUUCGAUGCUCGCGAUGCUAUCAUCCAAGCUGACCAAGUCCUUACCGGCGGCGAGAACUUCUGCACGCUGUGGGAUGGCUUUGCCGCCCGCGGUCUGGGAGUCGACGCCACCGUUGUCAACCGCACGCCGUGGGGUGGAGGAAUCCGCACCAACGGCUAUGUCGUCCCCGCUGCGUGCCAGGACGACGAGGAGCCUACACCUGAGGACCCGGAGGACCCAACACCCGAGCCUAAGAAGCCGAAGGAGAAGAAGCACAAGCACCUUUAA